AUGGGCGCAUUGGCUCUGGCACUGCUGCAUUCCCUCCCUGGCACCACUGUUCUGACUCUGCUCAGUCAACUGGUCAACCUUCCCUCCCUGCCACCCUUCACUGUUCUGACUCGUCUGGACCUGAGUCAAACCAAAAUUUGGCGCUUCUUGAUUGUCAUCAACUUGGUCAUUCCUGCCAAGCGAUUUCUAACGACGCGAUUCGAGCCCUCGGUGCGCGUUGCCGCUCGCAACUUCAUAUUCGCUUCUGUUGUGAGCUUCUUUCUCACAAGACUUGAAGACUUGAGCGCCACUCUACGGAUCAAGAAGCACAACAGGAGUCUCGUCCCGAGGUGUUUCCAUCGUGCCUUUCAGGCUCGCAAGAACGCGCGCGAGAAGACCAUGGAGGCGGUUUCAAGUUGUGCGUUUCAGGCAUACAAGAUCAAGCUCGAGAAGUUCCUGCCGAGGAGUUUACUUGUGCCUUUCAGGCUUGCAAGAGCGCGCGCGCGAGAAGACCAUGGAGGCGGUUUCAAGUUGUGCGUUUCAGGCACACAAACUCAAGCUCGAGGAGUGCCUGCCGAGGAGUUUCCCUUGUGCCUUUCAGGCAUUCAAGAACGAGCGCUCGUGAAGACCAAAAGAGGCGCUUUCCACUUGUGCAUUUCAGAUCACGGGAGGAGGUGCACCACAGUCAAAGGUUUAGCAUGGAGCCGCGGCGUAUCACCCUCCCUUUCUCCUCUGUUUCUUCCUCUCCCCCCUAGAUCACGGGAGGAGGACGGUCAGAUCUACUCCGCUUAUAAGUUCACACAUCUACUAUUCUUUAGACGGUUACGCAAAAUGUCAGAUUGCUGGAAUGCGGGCGCAAUAAUCGCGACUGUCUUCCUUCCACCUCUUGGAACCUUCAUGAAGAAAGAGUGCGGAUACGAAUUCUGGAUCUCCAUUCUACUCACACUCUGCUUUUGGAUCCCUGGGAUGAUAUACUCUGCGUGGGUUGUUGCCCAACAAAUCCGAGUUGAGGCGAUGGGACCAAUGCCAGGACACUGA